AUGAUUGUUCGGAAUACUUUUUAUUUAGAAUGCCGUAAAUCUUUAUCUACUUUUUGCUUGUUGAAUCAACGGUUUAAAAAUUCUGCGUUUUUCUACUCAAAUGUGUUAAAAAAUAUACAAAAUAUACAAACAUUAAGUAUAAGAUCAUUUUGGAAAUCUUAUUUGCAGUGUAAUACGGUCAAAGACAAUCUGAAUAAUCUAAAAGCCCAUUCAAAUCAGUCAUUAUCUUUUUCAGAAAGACUAAAAUAUUUAAUGAGACGUUAUGGUGCUGCGGCUGCAUCAGUUUAUCUUGGAAUUUCUAUGCUUGAUUUUGCUCUUUCAUGGGCAAUAGUAAAAUCUCUGGGUUCUACGGCAAUUAAGUCUUAUGAAAAGAUUCUUUUAGAAAUUGAACACCGUACAGGCUGGCGACUUAAACGUAGUACGACUUCUUUACUAGAAAACAAAGAUAAUAUGGAACACGAGUCACCAAGCAUUUGGGCGGAAAUUGCUAUUGCAUAUGGUAUUCAUAAGCUAUUAAUUCUUGUCCGGGUUCCUUUGACUGCUGCAUUCACACCUCCACUAGUUAGAAUACUAAAUCAGAGAGGAUGGUUCAUUGGAAAAUUGAAAAAUUGA